AUCUUUUGUAAUCUCAAUUCAUCGAUUGAAAAUUUGAUUUUAUGUGAAUGCAUGAUUUUCAUCAAAGACAAAAUACUCAAUGAAAUUGAAUAUGUGAACUGAAUACGUUAUAAUAAAUAAAAUUUUUCCUUGAUAUCUCUUUGUUUGAAAAUUAUGUUCCAAGACUAACCACAGCAUCCUCAUGUGGUCAUAGUGAAGAAUUUCAAUUCCUGGUUUGUGAAAUAGGUCUGAAAUUAGGAAAUAGUACUUUUUUUAAGCAUCCUGCCAAGACUAACCACAUCAUCCUCAUGUAGUCAUAGUGAAGAAUUUCAAUUCCUGGUUUGUGAAAUAGGUCUGAAAUAAGGAAAUAGUAUGAGAUUGUCUGUGGUUUCGGUGGAAAAAAAAAACUACCCACCCAUUUCACUGAUAUAAAAGCUGAAUAAACUGAGUAAAUUCAUCAGUUGAUGUUGAUGACUCAAUAACAAAGUGUUCUGUUGAUCUCUACCAAAUCAAAUAAAAAAAUGGAUCUUAAUAAAAUUAAUGAGAUGGGUGCUCUUUCAGUUAAGAAUAAGGAAGUUGUGCCUUUGAACACAUUGGAACUCAACUGCAUUCAUGCAAUAUUGGAUGCAAAACCUUCAUUCCAAUAAAUUUGAUACCAUAUUUCUAUUUUCUAUGGUAUCAAAUUUAUUGGAAUGAAGGAGAUCAUAGGACUCACAACAUCAACACCGCUGUUCCAGAUUGAGUUGAUGGAAUAAUGGAGUUAUACUGGUGUGAAUUGCAUGGAGUGGUUUUCUUCUAAAUUAGCAGAAUUAACAGACACUUUAUAUCAAAAAAUUAAAUUUGUGGAACCUAUGAAUUAUUCAUAUGAUGAUGAUGAUUGUGAUGAUAAAACUAUUUGUCAUAUAUGUAGAAAAAAAUUCACACCAGACGAUAUUAUUGUUAAGGAUCAUGACCAUUUCAAUGGAAAAUACAGAGGACGAGCCCAUAAUAAAUGUAACCUGAAUUACAAAAAAAGUUUCGUUAUUCCAGUAGUGUUUCACAACCUUGGAGGAUAUGAUGCACAUUUCAUAAUAAAAGAACUAGCAAAACGUGGUUCUGUUUCUCUUCUACCUUUGAAUAUGGAGAAAUAUAUUAGUUUCACAAAAUAUGAUUCUGAAACAAAAAUACAGCUUAGGUUUAUCGAUAGUUUCCGUUUUUUGAACAGUUCACUUGAAAAUCUAGCUUCAUAUUUGAAAUUAGAUCAGUACACUGAGUUGAAAAAUCAAUUUUCUAAUUUGAGUGUAGACAACUUGAAAUUGUUAACUAGGAAGGGUGUUUUUCCAUACGAUUACAUAGAUAGUAUAGACAAAUUAUGUGAACCCUGUCUGCCAUCUAGAGAAAAAUUUUAUAAUCAAUUGAAUUAUGAUGGGAUAAGUGAGGAACAAUACCUUCAUGCUCAACAGGUUUGGUCCACAUUCAAGUGUCAUACAAUGAAAGAUUACAUAAUGCUAUAUCUUAAAACUGAUAUAUUACUUUUGGCUGAUAUCUUUGAACAAUUCCGUGAUAGUUGCAUUAAAGAAUAUGAGUUAGAUCCUAUUCAUUAUUAUACUUUGCCUGGAUAUACAUGGGAUUGUAUGUUAAAAAUCACGAAUAUUGAAUUAGAAAUUAUCAAGGAUAUUGAUAUGUUACUCUUCAUAGAAGAUGGAAUAAGAGGUGGUAUUAGUCAAUGUUCCAAUAGAUUAUCUCAUGCAAAUAACAAAUAUAUGGGAUCUAAGUAUAAUAAACAGGAAAAAGAAAAAUACCUGCUCUACCUUGAUGUGAACAACUUAUACGGAUUCGCUAUGAGUCAAUUUUUACCCUAUGGGGGAUUCGAGUGGGUUGAAACAAAUUUUGAUAUCUUAGGUAUACCUGAUGAUGCUCCUGAAGGUUAUAUAUUAGAGGUCGAUUUGGAAUAUCCUCAGCAUAUUCAUGAUCUUCAUAAAGAUCUACCGUUUUGUGCAGAAUCGCGGAUACCAUCAGGUUCAAAAAUAAAACAACCCAAAUUACUAACAACUUUAUUUCCAAAGAAAAAUUACAUUGUACACUAUCGAAAUCUGAAACAAGCUCUUAGUCAUGGACUGAUACUCAAAAAAAUUCAUAGGGUCCUUAAAUUCAAACAGUCUGCCUGGCUUAAAGUUUAUAUUGAUAAAAAUACACUUCUAAGACAAGCUGCGUGUAAUGAUUUCGAAAAAAACUUAUUCAAAUUGAUGAACAAUGCUGUAUUUGGAAAAACUAUUGAAAAUAUUAGGAAACAUCGAACUAUUAAAUUAGUUAAUCAGUGGAAUGGAAGAUAUGGAGCGAAGAAUCUUAUUGCAAGUCCCUUUUUCAAAUGUAGAACAAUAUUAGAUGAUGAUUUGGUAGCAAUCGAAAUACAAAACCGACUACUUAUAUUUGAUAAACCAAUAUAUGUUGGAAUGUCAGUAUUAGAUAUUUCGAAGAUAUGUCUAUAUGAAUUCCACUACGAUUAUUUUUUACCUACCUUCAAGGAUUGUAUAUUGAACUAUGUAGAUACCGAUAGUUUAACAUAUGAAAUUAGUAAUCAAGAUCCAUACGAGCAAAUCAGACAAGAUUGUCCUACUCGAUUUGAUACAUCAGACUAUCCUCCUGAUAAUGUAUACAAUAUUCCAAGAGUGAAUAAAAAAGUUCUUGGACUCAUGAAAGAUGAAAACAACGGUUUGAUAAUGACAGAUUUCGUUGGAUUACAUUCAAAAAUGUACUCUUAUUGUGUGGACUCAAAAGAACUUAAAAAAAUCAAGGGAAUCAAAAAGAAUGUUGUGAAAAGUUUAUCAUUUAAUGAUUUCUUACAGUGCUUACUGAAUGAUAGUGUAAUGUAUAUCAAACAGAGAAAUAUAGUUUCUAAGGGUCAUAAUGUCUUCUCAGUAGAACAGAAAAAAAUUGCUCCAUGCUAUAAAGAUGACAAACGUUACAUAAUUCCACAAUCCCACAACACACUGCCUUGGGGUCAUUAUAGCAUUAAACAAUAAAAAUACUAUGUAUUUUUUUUCUUCCAUAAGAUGAAAUCAUUCAUCUGCAACAUUGGAGAAGGUGCCAUACGAGAUUACUUCAGCUUCCAACCUGAACUUGUUGAAAAAUUUAAAGAAGAAUUCCCUCUCGAAUUUGAAGAAGCUAACGACAUCCCUUGCAAAACGUGGGUACAUAUGGGUAAAUUUAUUGCCUUCUUAAAAGGUCAAGCAAAUUCAUUUCAUUCCAUAAAUCUAAUUGUGUUCGAUUAUAAUGAUGUUAUAUUGAACUACUUCGAGAGAAGCAGAAAAUGGAGAUCAAUAAAUGAAAUCUUAAUAUUCACCAAUCAAUUUCAAAGCAAAAAUUCAAAAUUAAAGGUUAGUAUUGCAAAUAACUUUCCAUUGAAAACAACCAAUUUUUUGAUAGAUGUUUUUUGUUAUGUAGAUCUUUCAUUUCUGCAUCAUUAUAGUAAAAAAAUGUUACAUUUAGAAUCAGGUCUAUCGAUUGAUAUCAAUUAUGGUUAUGAAUCUGAAUAUUACCAUCAAAAGGAAGACCACUUGAAAAAUAAUACAAUAACGUACAAUCCUCCUACACUGAAAUUUCUUUCUAUGUGUAAAAUCUGUACAAAUCUGGCCAUUCAAGAUACUCUUAAGCACCCUUUGUUAUAUUUUUUUAAAAUGAAAAGUAAUGAUUUGAAACUGUAUGUUACAGAAAUUGAUUUAAUGUGUAUGCCUCCAGCAGAUGAAUAAUAUCGAUACAAAAAAUUGAUAUGAAGUUCAAGUUGUUAGAGUUCACCCUGUGUAACUCUUUUUUAAACAUGCCUACAACAAAUCGAUUAGUCCAUCUAGCGGCAGCUAGAUGAACUAGAUUAUAGAGGACAAUUGGUUCAUCUAGCGGUGAAUAGACGAACUAGCGUAUGAAGGACGAUGAGUCCUUCUAGCGGCCUAUAGACAAACAGUCAUAGAGGAUAACUAGUCCACCUGGUGGUAAAGGAACGGUUAAUGACCGUUACGUGAAAUUUCCAUGUUUCAUUCGAUGACUGAAAGUGGUGGAUGUAACUCACGUGUUUUUCGAUAAAUCUGGUUAAAAAGAAAGUAUAGUUGAUGGUGUUGAAUACGAGAUAUCUAAGUUGGUAGCAGAGCGAAUAACUCUUAAUUUUUGACAACAGUAUUUUUGUCGAUAUCAUUGUGAAAUAAUUGAAAUAAAUCCCAUAUAAUAAAAUGGAUAACAACCAAGAAUAUGACGUUCCCAUCAAUACAGAAGCUCAAAUUGAAGACCUUGAUUGGAUGGUUACAUCUCCACACCAAGGAGAGGCAGUGAAUAAUACAGAUUUGGCUACUUUAAUAAAACAGCAAGUAAAUGAAACUCUUGCCAAUGAAGGGUUAGACUUUAACUGGGACUUCAUUCAUUGAAUCUACUAGAUUUCCUAACUGAAGAAUAUGGAAGUUUGUCUCACAAUAUGCCUUUUGGUAAUAGAGUUCUUCAUGAUGCUCAA